AUCUACCACUCCAACUCACUCUGCAACGCAAACAGCGACCCUUAGAGUGGGUCCAAACUGGAUACGAUGCCGACGACCCUCAAAUUCCACCCAAAGGCAUUCUCAUUAGCUAUGCUCUUGGCAGCUCACGGAUGGAGGAAACGAUCCCUCUCUGGAUCAGGGGCGGUCGGGGCUUUCCUCGUCGGGUACUUGCAUCUGGCAAACGAUAAUCCGGUCUUUGGCGUAGGGUUGAUCUCGUUCUACGCACUGGGAACGCUGGCCACAAAAUACAAAGCCCACCUAAAAGCCCAACUCGAAGAAUCCCCCUACCCGACCUCUUCUUCGGGUCUCCGGACGGCCUCGCAGGUCUUGAGCAACUCGAUCCCUUCCUUACUCUGUUCGUUGGUUUAUCGGUUUACGUUGACGGAGGAACGAUUGGGGCGGGUCGUCGGGUGGGUGGGGAUGAGGGGGUUUGUUAGCGGGGUUACGAGUGCCAGUGCGGGGAGUGGGAGUGGGAGUGGGUGGGAGGUCUGGGGGAAGGGGUUGGUGUUGGGUGCUCUUGGGCAUCUGGCGACUUGUCUAGGCGAUACCUUGUCCUCUGAGCUCGGUAUCCUCUCCCCCACCCGCCCUAUUUUACUGACAACCCUCCGCCCCGUCCCACCGGGUACGAACGGGGCCAUCUCCUUGCUCGGGACCACCGUAUCCCUAAUCGGGGGUGCUGGACUGGGUGCGUUGUUCUGGGCAUUAGACGGCCGGACGAGAUCAGGAUUACAAGAAAGUUGGAGCAAGUGGAUGGUUCUAGGGGGGGUAGCGGGGUUGGGAGGGAGCUUGUUGGAUUCCGUCCUUGGGUCGACAUUGCAACGGACUUUGUAUAAUACCGAGUCGAGGAGGAUCUUGCUGCACAACCCUACUACGGGCGUUGCGAAGCAAAAGAACAAGGAGAAGAAGACCACGAAGGAGCAAGUCAAGGAGGAGGUAGAGGAGACGACAUCGUUGGAGGUGAUCGCCGGGUGGGACGUCUUGACCAACAAUCAGGUCAAUUUCAUCAGCAGCGCUACGGUCUCAGGGGUCAUGGCGUGGAUGGCGUGGACUGGGGUGGUAUAGAGGUGGAAUGAUGUAGGCUUGGUGCAUGUCCUGGGAUUGUUUUGUUGUACAGCGGUAGUACACGGUAUACCCAGAUCUCAAUAAGAGUUAAGACGAGCAUGGAACUCGGCAGAUCUCGUGCACUUUGGACGAGCUUCGGCCGACGUAGAACGACAUGGAACGAAUCAACAAUGUAGCUGGGGAUUUUCGAAAAACAGCUCGA